UGGAAAGAAAUGAACCAUUACUUGACUAUAAAAAUUAUGAGAAAAUCAAUUAUACGCGCUCAAAAAGAAUUGAAAAACGCAUAUCAUUAGCUGAUUGUACCGAGGUUUCAUUUAAAGAAUUUUCAAAUACCAAUGCUGCUGUUCCUUCAAAAACCAAUAAUGAGCAAGCUCAUAACAAUGAAGAAAAUAACAGUGAUGUUAAAAAGAAAAGUGUUUCUUAUGAUGCUAAGUGUGAAGUCUAUAGCGUUGGGGCAUUAUUGUGGGAAAUUGCUGAAUUGAAAAAACCUCAUUCGGAUCUUGAUAAAUCAGAAUUACUUGGUAGUAUUAGAAAACGCGUAAGAGAAAGAAUUAUCGAACCGUUUUCAGAUGAUGUACCUCCAAUGGAAAAUUUACCAACGUGGCGCCCUAACAUAUCUGAUAUUUGUCGUGAUUUUUACAAAUUAAAUGAAAAUUAUUCUGAGAUCUUUUUCCAGUAUAAUAAUGGAUUUGAGAAUCCAGAGGACCAUAACCGAAAUGAAAAAUCAUCAUCACCCGUAACUAUUAAUAUUCUAUCUGUGAACGACGCAAUUCGUGAGCACAAAUCUAAUGAUGGAAAUAGAAAAAUAGCAUGGGAUAGUUUCAAAUAUCAUUCAUCAACCAAUAUUGAAGCGAAAUAUUGGCUAGGGUAUUAUUAUUAUCAUCAUGGUGAGGAUAUUCCUGAAUUAAAACAAAUUAAUACAAAAGAGAGAAUUAAUAUGGCU